AUGACUUUGCCAUUAUCAAUGGAUGAUAAGGAUUUAUUUCCAAAAGAUGAUAUUUUGAACUUGACAUUUAGUGCGAAAUCUGAGAUAUCUGAAGAUGUUCUGAAACAGGUGAGGAUAAGUCUGAAAAUUAAAGCUGAAAAUUAAAUGUACUAGAAAUUUGAAUUUAGAUUUUUCAAUAAGUGAGAACUUUAGAAACAGAAAUCAAUUUUCAGAAUCGAAUUUAAAUAUAAGAUUCAAAAUUUCUUUUAAAGAAAGAAUACAUAAAUUCUCCCAGUUUCAUAGAUUUUUUAACAGGGUUCAUUCAAGCUUCACAGGGAUUUUGGAGUUCUGAACUUGAAGAUUUCAACUUUUUUAAACCAAGUUUUCUAAUGAAAUUGUCUGAAUUUCUAAUUUUGAUAUUUUUUCAAGUAGCUCAAAGAAUUUUUGUUCCAAAAUUCUAUUCUCUACAGUACCCCGAUCAUAUAUAUAUCCUUUUGAAAUAAGUCCUUCAAACCUAACAUGAUUAGGCAAUUACAUUAAUUUGUAGUUUUAAUUUCCAAACAGUAUGUUCAUCCUCCCCCGCCCUCCCGUUUCCGCCGCGAAAAAAAACCACACCCAGAUCAAAAACCAGAUUUGGAUUUGCAGAUGUUCAAUUCAUUGGAUCGUCUUUGGUGGUCACGAUUAGUCAUUUCUGUUCGUGGAUAUGUUAUCAAUUACGUUCAACAAAAUGAUGAUGUACUUUUUAGUUGUGAUGAUGCAUUUAUACAGAUACAUAAGAAGUUGGCGGAAAAGACGAGUACACCGGAAGAGGCUUUUGAGGUGUGAAAGUCGGGAUUUGAAAAUAUUUUUAAAAAAAUAUUCGAACCCAAUAAUACAAUAUUUUUCCAGUUUCUCACCUCCGUCUUUCACAUAAUCCGCGAAAAAAACACCUUGCUCCAUCUUCUCUCCAACCCAAAAAACAUCGAGUUAUCCAAACUACCAGCAAAUCUUCAACAAGCUUUUCUAGUGAUUCACAAUAAUUUCAACCCAAAAUAUUUGCAAUUAACGAUAGGUUCGUUGUAAACACACUUGGCGAGAGAGUGCCCAAAAAAUUUUUGUGCAGCGUGAAAAUUUUUUCAGAAUAAAAAUUGUGCAGCAUGAAGUUUUGAAUAUUUCCAUCAAAAUCCGCUGAAAAUCAAUAAACACUUCACUUUUUCGUGAAAAAAUGUGCAGUGAAAUGAAAAAAAUUUUGAAAAUUUUUAUUAGCUUCCCGCCCGAAUCGAAAUUUUGGUUUGGGCGGGAAUUUUUAUUUGAAAAUUUUUGUACAGUAUCCUUUUUGGACACGUCUCGUCAGGUGUAAAGUGGGAAUAACAUUAUGUAAUAUUGUAUUUUCAGCCCAGCUUCCUGCUUUGACAAUGAUUAUUAAAGUUAUCGUAAUUCUGCAACAACGCUGGGAAAAUGAAAAAUCAAAAAAGAAAUCGAUUCGUUUUGAAACUGAUCCAGAAUGGGAACCAGACGAGAGAGUUGUUCUUUUUCAAACAUUCGCCACUUGUAAGUAUCAAGACCUUCAUGUUUCUCCAAAAAAAUCAUUUUGCAGCAAACCGUACUUGGGUUCUGCUAGACUUUGAUCGCUACAUAUUACAACAAUGGAAACCAAAAGGAACAUCGGUUAUAUUUGGAGAUCGAUUUGUUGAAAAAAAGAAGAGAUGUGGUUUGAAAUUGUGUACCACUUGUGGAAUGUUGGAACAAAAAGUUGGUUUUUUUUUCUGUUAGCGCCCAAUCAUUCUGAAAUUUUCAGCACGGCCAAUUUGCAACCAUCAACGAAGCUGCAUUUUGCUCAAAAAAUUGUUUUGAUGAAAUUUCUGGACCUAAAAAAGAAGAGAAGAUACAGAAAACAAGAAUUGAAGUCAAUGGAGCGACGAUUAUCAAAAUGUAG